AUGACCGCCUAUCUCGAGGAAAACGUUGACCCAGACGCAAGCUUCGAAUGGUUCCAAGUUCACGACCCUUUAAACACUUUCCAGAACACGCCAUACUACACGAUGAAGGGUCGGAUGGGCUCUAGCAAGCCGGGCGACUUCAUAGAGUUCGAGGUUUUGAAGGACACGGUUGUCGCUGUGAGCUGCUGCCCGUACGAGGAGGGUGGCUUCAACGGUGGAAAAUCGACUGAGAUAGCAGUGAGCUGGCAGACGGCAGAGUGA